CCGGAAGCAAAAGCUUGUGUCUAGUCCGAAAGAGAAGGGAAAAGACAAAAGCUUGUGUCCCCAGCGGCAAAUUGCGAACUCUUGGAGGUGUUGCCCGAGGCCUAUUCGCCUAUGGAUAUCACCGCCACGCUUGGCUGAUAAACUUGGUGGCAGUCGUUGACAACAGUUAGUCGUGCUUUGAGGUUCUUUCGCCGCCUCCGGCCACUGAGAUCAUUGGGUUUCAGUAUAUUAGUGACCUUUGCUAUUAGUGCAGUUUUUAGAGGUUUGAUUGAUUUCUAUACAAGGUAGCGCUUACGGUUCUGUGUUUUUAUUAAAGGGUUUAGUAUAAUAGAGGGAGAUGGGUGGCACUGAUGAAAGUGGAGGGGUUCAAUCUACAUUUGGUAUAAAGCCUAAGAACCAAUUAGAUAUGCAAAAUUUGAGUGCCUCUCAAAUGGGUUUCCCUUUGCGUCAACUACCACAAAAUUUGAGUCCUGGAGGUAGUGAUAACAGUCAUAAGAGACCUGGUAUACCACCCUCGCACCCGAACAACCCAGCUAAUUCACUGCAGUACUCGCAGUUUCCAGGGUCCCGGCCGGCUUCCUGGCAACCGGGUUCACAGAAUUUGAGCCCGGGGCCUUCCCACUCCAGGUCUUUAUCGCAACCUACGUUUUUUUCACUUGAUAACCUGCCCCCUUUGAGCCCUUUGAGCCCUUUGCCCUAUCGUGAGCCCGCAACAAGCUCGCUCUCUGACCCAAUUUCAACGGAUGUGUCUAUGGAAGAAACUGCUGUUAGUUCUCAUGCCCCAUUGCUUCCUUCACCUGUAAAUGGAGGAAAUGCGUUUCGGGUCAGCGAGGGCCUUCCUCCUCGUAGAGGACACCGGCGCUCUAAUAGUGAUAGUAUUCCGUUAGGAUUCUCAGCCAUGAUUCAAUCUUCACCUCAAUUGAUCCCCAUUGGGAGUCGGGGAUUUUUGGACCGGUCGGUUUCUAGAAGAGAGAACUUGUUGGGGGUAGACAAGCCGAUACAGUUGGUGAUGAAAGGGGAAUUGAAGAGGGAUAGGGAUGACAAUAGCAUUGCUGACGGGACAGGUGAGGGGAAAUCCGAGGGAGAAGUUGUUGAUGACUUUUUUAGUGAAUACAUGAAUUUGGAGAACAUUGAUAAAAUGAACUCAUCUGGUACUGAGGAAAAGGAUUUGGAUAGCAGAGCCAGUGGCUCAAAGACAAAUGGAUGCGAUAGCAGUGAUAAUGAAGCGGAAAGUCGAAUAAAUGGCAACCAAAACAGUGUGCAGGGGUCAGGUUCUAGUUUUGCUAAUGAGAAGAGGGAAGGAAAGAGAAUUGCCUGUGGAGACGUGAGACCUACUGUCCGACACUAUAGAAGUGUUUCAAUGGAUAGUUUUAUGGGAAAUUUGCAUUUUGAUGAUGAAUUGCCGAACCUCCCGCCCAUAGGAGCUCAAGUGGAUCAAGACUCACCUAGCAAUGCAGUAGAUGGGAACUCAACUAAGUUCAGCGUGGAGUUUGGAAAUGCUCAGUUCAGUGAGGCUGAGCUGGGAAAGAUCAGGGUAAAUGAGAAACUGACUGAGAUUGCACUAUCAGACCCCAAACGUGCCAAGAGGAUUUUGGCUAAUCGGCAAUCGGCUGCUCGUUCCAAGGAGCGGAAGACGCGAUACACCGCUGACUUAGAACACAAGGCACAAACUCUACAGACAGAAAAUACUACAUUGUCUAAUGAGGUUGCAAAGUUACAGAGAGAGUCUGUUUUGCUUAAGAGUGAGAACAAUGAGUUGAAAUUCCGCCUUCAGGCCAUGGACCAAGAGUCAAAACUCAAAGAUGCUUUAAAUGAGGCCUUGACUGCAGAAGUCCAGCAUUUGAGGCUCACUGCGGCAGAGUGCAGUGGGGAGGGGUACCUCGCGGACUGCAUGGCUCAGCAGCUUUCUAUUAAUCAACAGAUGUUCCAGAUGCAGCAUCCCCACCAGCCCACGCAGCUUUAUCAUUUGCUGCAGCAGCAACAGCAUCUAUUGCAACAGCAGGCACAACUGCAGCCACAGCAGCCUCUUCACAACGAACUGCGGAAUGGUGACGCUGCUAAGCAAGAGGAGAACCAAUAGGUUGGCCAACCCAACUGCUAGCUUCGAUACAAACUGCAUGGUGUGUUAACUUCUUCUGCAAGAUGGGUAGUGUGCAAUCGUAUAUAAGCUUCUUUAAAUCUUCCAGUAUAUGAUUAUUGUUUAGUUUAUUAAACUUAGUCAUUUUUUAAUUGGAUUGGUUGUGUUGGGAUGUAAUUAGAACUUGAGCUAAACUCUUUUGUUUAGUUCUUUCUUUGGGGCUACAGCCAAGAAGAGUUCUUUCUGACA